AUGAAAAUGCGCUGCACUUCAGAAGCAGACACAGUCUGUGUCCCCUGUCAAGACGAAUACUUCAGUGAUGAGCACAACCAUGGCUUCUGCAAGCCGUGCACGAUCUGCAACGCUAGUAAGGGGAGCGUGGAAGUGAAGAAGUGUGAGAAGACCUCUGACAGAAUUUGCAGGUGUCUUGCAGGUUACAUGCCAGAUGCCGCACGUACACAGGGAGGCGCAUGCGUACCGUGUCCUGAAGGGUCUUAUUCCGUGGGGGGAAACAAAGAAUGUCAACCUUGGACCAACUGUAGCAUUCUUGGGAAAAGCACUCUUCGACCAGGGACAAAAGCAGCUGAUGCCAUUUGCAGUGACCACAUGGCACCGGUGACAGCUGGCACUGCUGCCUCUCAGAGCGCAACACCUGCUCUGAAUCUUUCUACCGCUGGCCGCAAGAAUAAUACGUCGACUACAGCGUUCACACUGUCCAGACCCAGUGUGAUUCCUUUAAUUUGCUCGGAUACAAACAGCCCCACGGAGACUAACUGGGGAUCUAUAUCACUUAUCCUUAUUUGUGUGGUGUUGCUCCUGGUGAGCGGAAUGUCCAUCCUCCUGUUGAUGAUCCAAGCAGUGAAAAAAGAGACCAGGAGGAGGCCCUGUAGAAAGAACCAGCAAGAAAAGAGCUGCGGAGUUCCUAUCCAGGAAGAACACAUGGACUGCAAUUCCAGUUUCAUCAAAAACUGA